AUGAAACGACCGUCCUCAACAAAUGAUGAAGAAAGAGAACAAAUUGUGGUUUCAUUUGCGAAAUAUUUACAGAAAAGAAUCGUUGUAGUGCGCAUUAAAUCACCAAAAUACCCUGGAAGCGCUAACCCACGCAAACGAGAGGGCGCCAGUGAAACUGCACGACAGGUAGAACAGGUGACGAGGUCUCAGGUUACACUGUCGUCGACCUCUACACCCAGAGGUUGGGCACAAAACCAUUUCUUUUGUAAACACCUUCUCUUUUUUAAACUCGUGUCUUCUCCAAACAGGACUUUCGAAGACACAGUAGUUUGUUGGAGUAAAGGUGUGGAACCUGAACCGCGUCCCUGUAUUUACUGGGACACUGACAUGGCUCAGAAGUACGAUGGUUUGUCCCACUGUAAGCUGGCGCUGGUGUUUGCGGUUCUCAUGGACCUGUUAGGCGUCGUCUCUCUGCUGCUCGGGGUCUUCGCUCCUCUGGAGAUCGAAGGCCAAGACGUUGGGGAUCUGCUGGUGUACACGGGAGCUCUGCUGGUGCUCCUGUCCCUGGCAGGCUGGGUCAUGUGGUACAGUGGCAACAUCGAGGGCCUGACCUCCAAACAGGAACUGGGAACUGUGGGUGGAGCUGUGGACCGCCUGGCUCGGUCGCUGAGUCGCAGGAUACGCCUGCCCAGGACUCACAGCAGCCCAACAUAAGACGUGGCCCACGUGGUUCACACAGAGCUGGGUGACUGGUCUACAACACUGCUGCCCCCUACAGAAAACACUUUUUAUUCCUCCUGUAUUUGGACGGCCCAAUGCACGUGUCAAACUCAAGGCCCGGGGGCCAAAUGCAGCCCGCCAAGUUGUUCUGUGUGGCCCACUGGAGCUUAAAAAACAUUUUGUAAAGUUCAUGCAGCAGAGUUUCUUAACCUGAGAAAUUAAACGUUUUUUAUUACACAGAAAUGAAACAAUGUUUGUGUCUUGAAUAAAUAACCCCCUGCAGAAACAUCUAUACCAGCUGAUACUACACACUGGUACCGAGUAACUGAGAGUAUUCAAGGAUCGUUACAUUUUCAAAAUCAAACAUCUUUCAGACUCUGUUGUUUGGACCAGAGUCUGAGUGACGUUUCAUUUUCAAAUAUUCCCAGAUUCUCUUUAAAUAAAGAAAGUAAAU